AUGGUCUCUACUCGUCGCCAACACGCCGCCGCCGCCAACCCUGCCAACGCCGCCCCUCCAACGGAUUCACCACAAUUGCCUCCCACUGUGUCUUCCAGUGCGCCCAGAGACGCGAGGAAUAGCAAGAAGCGUGCCCGCACGUCAGAAUCCGGGGCCUCCUCCCAGACUGCCACCACCACAGCUAGCUUAAGUGCUGAGAUUUUGGGCUUGCGUGCUGAGAUAGAUCACCUCAAGACGCAACUUGACGAGGCCAACAGCAACAAUAGCGCGCUGAUAAGGUCAAUGGCCUCGAUUUCGCCCAUCGCCGAGACACAGCAAGCCAACUUCGACCGCCUCACCCAGAGCCAGGAGCAGAUCAUCACCAGCUUGCGAGAUAUCAAAAUGGGCCUCGAAUCGCGCGUCUCUCUCAGGGCCGAGUCAAUCCAAGGCGGUGGAGCUGAAGCCAGUGGCCAAAUCGAGAAACUCCAGCUCGACCUCGCCAUCGCGACACAAAAGCUCUCCCAUGCUGAAAACGUGGAUCGCAUCAACAAGAUCGCUCACAGUACCCAGCUGCAGUUAGCCAACAUGAAGGCAACAUCUGCGCGAGAGGCUGAAGUGGUUGCACGCGAGCAUCUUGCAGCCAAGGCUGAAGAACUCGCUACAUCUACCGCUGAUGUGAGAAGCCUGCAGUCUGAGGUGGAGCAGUUGAAGCAGGAGAACGUCAAGCUCGCUACGGACAAGACGGAUCAAGCCCAGAAGAUGAAAGAGAAACAGGACGAGUUGAAGAAGCUGACGGCAGAGUUGGAGGAGGUGGAGAAGCUGAGAAGGGAGACAACGGCGAAGAUCGAUCAGCUCAUGAAAGAAAAAGGAGAGGCAGUGGAGAGUCUGCGACAGGAGAAGGAGGAGAGGAAGCAGUUGAAAGAGAAAGAGGAGGCUAAGGCGAAAGAGGCACGUCGUCAGGAGAUGAAAGCUAUCGCAGAAAGUAUGGCAAAGAUGUAG